UCAAAAUCCAUCCUCAUCUUUUCUAUAUCUAAGUUUUGGCUGAGUCUUUUUUAUCUCUUUCAAUGGAGCACUUUUUCUUUAAAUUCAUUCUGAGUCUGGCACUGGUAAGUUCCACUUUAAACAACCCAGUAUCCGCCACCACUCCAUGUAAUUUUCCAGCUAUAUUCAACUUCGGUGACUCCAACUCCGACACCGGUGGCUUAUCUGCAGCAUUCGGUCAGGCCCCUCCACCUAAUGGAGAGUCAUUCUUCCGUGGCCCUGCUGGUCGCUACUCCGAUGGCCGUCUAGUUAUUGAUUUUAUAGCGGAGAGCUUGGGAUUACCAUAUCUAAGUGCUUAUCUUGAUUCGGUUGGAUCUAACUUCACUCAUGGAGCCAACUUUGCCACAGCAGCAUCCACCAUUAGACCACAGAACAUAACUCUCCAACAAGGUGGUUUUAGUCCAUUCUCGUUGAACGUCCAAUUCUAUCAGUACAAUGACUUCCAUCACAGAUCUCAAAUCUUUCGCAAACAAGGAGUUUUUGAUCGACUGUUACCGAAGGAUAAUGAUUUUUCACGCGCUUUGUACACGUUCGAUAUUGGCCAGAACGAUCUGACGGCUGGCUUUUUUCGUAACAUGACAACUGAUGAAGUUAAAGCAGACAUUCCUGAUAUACUAGAUAAAUUCAAAACUAUCAUCAAAUAUAUAUAUCAUCAAGGAGGCCGAUCAUUUUGGAUACACAACACAGGCCCUGUUGGUUGUCUAGCGUACGUCAUGGACCGUCUGCUAAUCACAGCCGCACAAGUUGACAGUGUUGGAUGUGCAAGUCCUUUUAACGAGGUGGCCCAAUUUUUUAAUGGUAGAUUGAAGGAGGCUGUGGUUCAACUUCGAAAAGAUCUCCCACUUGCUGCAAUCACAUACGUUGAUGUUUAUUCAGUGAAAUACUCUCUCAUCAGUGAAGCAAAAAAAAAUGGAUUUAAGGAUCCCUUUCGAGCUUGCUGUGGUCAUGGAGGAAAAUAUAACUACAACAAGAAUAUUGGAUGUGGAGGAAAGAUAACAGUGAAUGGCACACAAAUCUUAGUGGGAAAGUCAUGCCAAAAACCUUCGGUUGUGAUCAAUUGGGAUGGAGUACACUACACACAGGCUGCUAACAAAUGGGUUUUUGAUCGGAUCGUGGAAGGUUCAUUUUCAGACCCUCCAAUUCCAUUGAGAAUGGCGUGCCAUAGGCAACAUGAAGCACCUAACUAAUUAUCGGAAUUUCCAAUUAAUUUAUAUUGUUGUCAUUCUUAAUUUAUGUUUGUUUUUCAUGCUUAUUAUUGAGUUUGCGAGGACAGUUAUGCUUUUAAUUAAUGUCUGUUUUUUCAUGGUUA